UUCUCUCUCUCUCUAGUGUGCGCGUCACCUCUAGCCGUUUUGUCUUCCAGGGACAACGAGCCAGCAGCUCUACAGCCGUUUCUGUCUUACCAGUGCUACUGGCUAUACACAGUUCAUGACUCACAUGAACACAUCCUCUAUUAAUUUGACCCUAUAUCUGGCUUGCUCAUUCUGCGGUAGUGUUUAAACAUCUGCCUAGCCUUACGGGUAUAAAAAGGAGGGCAACUUCACCCUAUCCCAUAACACUAGAACAAACAACACCUAUACUACAUACUACCCUUCGUUCACCUGAUGGAGGAAGUGUUUUCGUCCAACUCCAAGAGCAAGGCCGGUCAGAUGGCGGGAGAGGCGGUGGCGGCGGCCGAGAAGAAGUCUCGGCCGAAGCCAGAGCAGAAGGUGGAGUGCCCUCGGUGCAAGUCUGGUAACACCAAGUUCUGCUACUACAACAACUACAGCAUGUCCCAGCCGCGCUACUUCUGCAAGGCCUGCCGCCGCUACUGGACCCAUGGUGGCUCCCUCCGCAACGUCCCCAUCGGUGGUGGUUGCCGCAAGCCCAAACGCCCGGGGACCUCUGACGCCCACAAGCUCGGCAUGGCCUCCUCAUCGGAACCCACGGGUGUCGUGCCCCCCUCGAACUGCACAGGGAUGAACUUUGCUAACGUCCUCCCGACGUUUAUGUCUGGUGGCUUUGACAUUCAAAGCAGCCUCUCCCUGACAACUUUUGGGUCAUCAUCCUCAUCCAACCCGACGGGGUUGAUGUCCCCCGGUGGGACGACUUCAUUUCUGGAUGUGCUGAGAGGUGGUGCAGGAGGGCUUCUUGAUGGCAGCCUCGGUCCAAACAAUGGCUACUACUAUGGUGGGCAUGCCAAUGGAUCAGGCAUUGGGAUGUUGAUGACUCCGCCAACGGUAUCGUUUGGCAUUCCAAGUCCGAUGCAACAACAUGGCGGUCUCGUGGUUGGUGGAAAUGGAAUAGGUGGCACAACUUCUUCAACAUUUCAGGGCAACGCUGGCGAGGAAGGAGACGAUGGUACGGGGUCCAUUAUGGGGCUCCAGUGGCAGCCACAUGUUGGUAAUGGUGGCGGUGGUGGUGUUGGAUUAGGAGGCGCGCAUCAUCUUGGGACUGGGAACAAUGUGACGAUGGGCAACAACAACAAUAAUAACAACCAGAACAACAAUAACGGCGGCGGUGCUGGUGAUGACGACGAUGGUGGGUCAUCGAGGGAUUGCUACUGGAUCAACAAUGGAGGAUCGAACCCAUGGCAGAGCCUCCUCAACAGCACCUCCCUGAUGUAAGUGGAAGAAGAAAAUGGGAAAUAUAGGCCAUUGAAUUGGAGAAUUGGGUCGAUCAUUUUCUUAUUACUGUCGAUGCUUCUUUUUUGUUACUUGCUUGAAGUAUUUCGCUCGGUCAUUUUCAUGUGUCUUUUAAGAAGGGAUUAUUUUGUUUAUUUGAGUGAAACUCGAGAGAGUGUGUCACAUUGGGAUGCUUAAUUUAAGUUUAUUUGUUUCUUCACAUUAAUUAUUUAAGGAUUUAUGGU